CGUGCGGACCGGUGCGCAGUCGACAGCAGCCAUGCGGCGAUCGCAGCUCGCCGCGUUCCUCCUCGGCGUCUUGGCGGCGGCGGCACACGGGGAGCCGCGUUAUCCUCACCUGGCCUCAUACGUUCCCGUCCUUGUGCCCAAGCAUUUGGUCCUGGCAGCCGGAUCACAGGAACUAUUUGAGGAGCGCUAUACUCGUCGGCGAGUCACCCCCGAGCAAGAAUCAACCGAGGUUCCUGACGGACCAGCUCCUUACGGGUCGGAAUCGUAUGGGUCCUCGAGGGAGUCGGCCGAAGAAGACCAUGGAGCACCUCGGGAGCGUCAGCUGCGUCUUGUCUACGCCCGUAGACCUCGGAGACCAGCUCCACCGCGCAGAGGUACGGCAGGAACUCUUUGGAUUCCACGAGCCUCGAGAGGGAUCGAGCCACCGCUGACGACCACGCACUGGCGCGGCAUGGACCAACAAGAAGUCGAAGAAGCCAGCAAGGACGCCUGGAAGCCUGCCAGCCACCACGGGCCCGCCAGUUCACCACGGAUACGGCGGCGCCGUGCUGCUACAAAAACCCUGGCGCCGUCGAGCACCACAGCUGCGGCCACGGGCUUCAUCCCCAUUGCGGGCCCGUUCGGCGGCGGACAGGAGCUCGCCUACUCGGCCUUCUUGGACGGCGGCUCAUCCACUCCUUUCCCAGCAGGCUUUUCGAGUUACGCCAGCCCCAGCCGCCAGCAGCACUCGAAGCAGGCCUACGGCGGCGGCUUCGACUACGGACGCUCGACCACGAGCGCAUUCUCAGCCGGCUACGACUCACUGGGCAGCGGCAACUUUCAGCUCAUCCGCGGCGGAGUGUAUGCCGAUGACCAGGCCAGCUCGAGCCAUGUACCAUACUACGUGCAGGGGCCCAGCAGUGGUUACCAGGCCUAUUCAUACGACGAAGACGCCGGUGGGCCCGUUCUGGGCUUCCAGGGUUUCGAACACUUCGGCAGCCCACUCCACAACGCCCUCAGCAAGCACACUCACGUGGUGGGUGCCUCGACGGAGCACAGGAGGCGCACAUCAAAGCCCAAACCGCCGCCCGUUGGCGAAGACCAAUUACGGGCCACGGAAUAGGUCAGACCAUCAGUGGUAGUUCUGUGGACAGAAUCAUGUGAUCACGGCACUGCAAACAACUUCUUUAGGGGUGUGCGGUCGCUGGUGUGCGCAGAAACUUCCAUUCGAGAGGUCCUCUCCACCAAACCAAAUUUAACAUCAUUCAUUGGGGGGCUUCAAACAUGUGUGGUCAUAAGCCUGAUUCUAGCUUGUAGCAGGAGGAUACGUACACAGUGCGUCCUGAAGGUCUAGGCAAGUGUGUCAGCCUUAUCCCGAGACCAAGACAGGCAAGUGGCUCAAGCUUAAUGUUUCACCCGUUUCGAGGCCAUGUGCAGGUCUUAGCAGCAUUUAAAGAAGCAAGCCGAAUUAGAUCUGUUGCCUGUGCCUCUUCUUUCAAGUGGAGCCUCAAGACGCGGCUCUAUGGGACUCUGCUAUACGUGAGAAUACACGGUUGUGCUUAAUACGAUGACGUUCGGUGACUGCGCGGCAGACGCUGAUUGUUUUUUCGUUGUGUCAUAACACAUUUUGUACAGUUUACUCAAGAAAACAGCCGGAACUACGUAGAUCAUUUAUCUUGAAUGUAUAUGAAAUAUGGCACUACAACGUCAAAUGCGUGCGAAAGAAGGCAACAGAAUAACGUUCAGUGGCAAUUUCAUGAAGGUUCAUGAAGACUUUGUAGUGCCUAAAUUUCUGCCAUCAGUUUAGAGCGCCCGUAUUACAGUAGAUCUCUGGUGUUUUGUACCGUGCUUUCUUUACGUUGUGCACAGAAUUGCGCGAAAUUACGGCUUUUACGCGGCAGUCAUUAUACAAUUAGCACUCUUGCCAACUUAGUUCCGUGUAGUUUUCUUUUCAAUAAAAUUUUUGUGUU